AUGCCGCCCAAAACUGCUAGAGGAAAUGCCUGGACAGAUGCUUCAACCUUAUUUCUGUUGGGCUUAUGGACUGAAUUGCAUAUCCAGCAUCAACUUGACAGUCCCACAAAAGCGGAUAAGGCAAUUUAUAGAAAAUUAAGUGCAACAAUGAAGGAUAAAGGCUAUGACAAGACACCAUACCAGCUCAAGGAGAAGAUGAAAUAUCUAAAGAAAACGUACCGAAAAUGCAGGGACAUGCUGAAGAAGAGUGGACAGGGAAGGAAGUUGUGUACAUUUUACAAUGAACUGAAUGAUAUACUUGGCGACCGACCGGCGACAUGUCCGUGUAAGGUAAUUCAAAGCAUAGCCACAAACAUAAUUGACGAUCAUAGUGAUCAGAGCAGCGAUGAUGACGAUGUAGACAUUGCUGACCUCAGUGAUGUUGAGGAGAUCAAUGUCGCAGAAAUGCCGAAUUUGGACGACCAUGAUGUAUCUCGUGAAGCUUUUCCUUCCGUAUCCUCUUCGCCAGAAGAUAAUGUGAAGUAUGACGACAUCAACGAUCAACAGAAGAAAGAACAAGAAAAAAAAGUCAAGCAUGGAAAAGACAGAAACAUACAAAGUAAGAAAGAAAUCCCUCGAACAGAAAAAUCUAUGAAACGACCGAAAAAGACGAAGCUGGAACUUUCACUUCAAACGGUUAUGGACAAAUUUACUUCAUCAAAUGAAAGUUUAGAAACACAAGCGCAGGAAAUCGAGAAGAGAAAGAUCGAUUUGGAAAUGAAACGUAUCGAUGAUGACGCCCUUAAGAGAGCACACGAACUAACUAAACUGGAGAUGGAAGAAAGAACUAAACGUGAAGACAGAGAACAUCAGAUGCGAAUGUUUCAACUUAUGUUAAAUUGCCGUGAGACAAACUUUGUUCCACCAGCUUUUCCUCAAACACCAGUUCCUAUGCGGGCGUUCCAACCAAACAUGUAUGGCUACUUUCCAAGUCGUGACGCUACACCGCAACCGACUUCCACCCCAAUCUCGAAUGCUGCAUGUAGUUUUGGAGACAUCAGCAGCGACGGUACCAUCAGUCUUGGAACUGAUGACGACACCAUUCGUCAUGCAACCGACGACCACACCAGUUAUGUAAACCUCUGA